UUUCCCUCAUUUUUCAUUUCCUCCCUUCUCCACCAUAGACAGCAAACAACAAAAACCAUUCCCUUAGCAGCCAAAAGAGCCAAAAAAACAAAGGAUCCCAGAUUAAUUCUCUCAUCUUCUCACCCAAAGGGAAUAUUUUUUCCUAGAUUCUGUUGAUUUAAAGAAUGGAGAGAGAUUUCAUGGGCUUGAAGACUGCGACGGUGAAGACAGAAGUUCCUGAGGAAACCACAGAUUCAGCUCCAUUGAGAGGUUCAACGAUGCAGUGGUCAUUCUCGAACAAGGCUUCUGCCAACCCUCAGUUUUUCUCUUUCGAAGGUGCAGGUGCAGGUGCAAAAGAUGAUAAGCCUAAAACUGGCUUUGAGGCUCUGGCAACAACUGGAUUAGUGACAAUAACCACUACAGAGGCUGUUGACUCCAGUCAGAAACCUUAUUCAUCCGUUGUGCAGAAAAAUAUGAUGGUUCUUGAUAAGCAAGGGGGAACCCACUAUACUGUGACCACCUAUCCUUCAAAACCUUUUGAUGCACUUUCAGUUCAUCGUCCUCAUGAAGCUAGAGGAAUCCCACUUACCACGCAAACAAAACAAGCGGUUUCAGUAACUAUGCCCGCCCCUGUUCAUCAGUCCUUUACUUCUCCUGCUGGACAGAUUCUGAUUGGAUCUACAACCCCUCAACCUCUUCCAGCACCAAGUUCGAUUCCAGUUGUUAAUUCUGUGAGUCCGCUAGUGGGCACCACCGAGUUACGGAGCACUUCUAAGACCUCAGGAGCUCCAGCUCAGUUGACCAUAUUCUAUGCCGGUUCAGUAUGUGUAUAUGAUGACAUUUCUCCUGAAAAGGCUCAAGCUAUAAUGUUAUUAGCUGGAAAUGCACCUCCAGUGCCUUCUCCCCCAGUCCCGACUGUCGCUGCAGUACCUGCAGUUCCUAUAUCUCCAGUUCAGGCACCCAUGGUUAGGCCAUCCAUUGUUGAGAGCUUUGCUGUGAACCAGUCAAAUAAUGCAAAACUAUGUAUUUCAAGCCCCAUUUCUAUAACCUGCCAUACUCCGGGAAGGUCUGUCAUACCGAACGAUGCAACUGCAAUGAGAACAAUUGGGACCCUAGCAACACCUAGUAAAGGGGAGCCUUCCAAAAAUGCCAGUCCAUUAGGAUCUGCCCCUGCUCCCCUAAUUGCAUCAGCUGCUGUGCCUCAGUUUCGCAAGGCAUCAUUGGCUAGAUUCUUGGAGAAGCGCAAGGAAAGGUCAUUGAGCGCAUCACCAUAUGCCAACAAGCCAUCUGAAGAAUGUGGCAGCCCUGCAUCUGGUGGCAGAAGCAUCUCUGUCAACUCUUCUGGCUCUUGUCCUCUCCCGGCCAUCAACUAGCUUUGCGUGGAAGAGUGGGAAGAUCCGAUGUAAGAUGGCCAAAAGUGGGGAAAAAAAAAUGGAAGCAUAAGCUCAAGGAAAUGUAGUUUUGGACAAUAAUACAAGUAUUUAUGUUGUAUUCUUUUGGCUUUUUUUCUUUUGUGGCAGGUUAGAUGUGAUUUUAGGUAAUAGUAUUGUAUUACGUUGUAAUAGGGCCUUUUUCAUUUGACCAUGUUCAAACCAAUUAAUGUUCAUUGAUAGCCACACUGUAAUAUAUAGUAGUAUAGUACUACAUUAGUAUGAUUUUGCACUCUCGAGAAGCCUACUGUUGUAUUCAUGUCUUGGAACUUGAGGUUGGAAGCCCUGCCCCGUCCUUGGUUGAAUAGUAGUGUUUCGUGCGCUUUGUAGCACCUUAUUGUAGUGGAGGAUUAUGGAAGGAAGACUACAAGCAGAAAAUGCUCGUUUCUUUGAA